AUGACCUCUCUUUUGCAACCCUAUCAAGCUGUGUCUGGCAACCAGCCGGCAGUUUUGGUAGAAGUGCAAACAGAACGUGCUCAUGCCUGGCAACCAGCCGGUGACCGUUCUGCUUGUAAAG